AUAUUCGGCCAUAUUUUUCGUAAAAUAAACGUCGUGUGGCAAACGUCAACAUUUAGUUUACUCACUAUUUCCAAAAUUUAUUUCACUUGAAAUACGUGUAUUUCUAAUAACUAAUAGUGAUCUCAUUAGAUGUUAAAAUGAAUCGCACUGAAGGCCUGGUGCAACGGAGAAACGUUGUCAAGGAAAAUUCGGAUGGUUCAUUAAAAGAAAAUCAUGAUGCGGAUGAUAAGAAAAAUGAUAAAAAUUAUGAUGACGGAGAUUCGAAAGAAACACGACUUACAUUGAUGGAAGAAGUUUUACUUCUUGGAUUAAAGGACAAAGAAGGUUACACAUCAUUUUGGAACGAUUGUAUCUCUAGUGGUUUGAGAGGCUGUAUUUUAAUUGAAUUGGGUUUGAGAGGUCGAAUUGAAUUGGAGAGAGCUGGCAUGAGAAGAAAAGGGUUGCUGUCAAGAAAAGUUAUUGUGAAAAGUGAUACACCAACUGGGGAUGUAUUAUUGGAUGAGGCUCUUAAACACAUGAAGGAUACAGAUCCACCAGAGACUGUACAAAGCUGGAUAGAAUAUCUCAGUGGUGAAACAUGGAAUCCAAUGAAACUCAAAUAUCAAUUGAAGAAUGUGAGAGAAAGGCUUGCUAAGAAUCUGGUUGAAAAAGGAGUGCUCACUACAGAGAAACAAAAUUUCUUACUGUUUGAUAUGACAACUCAUCCCCUCACAGACAAUAUUGUCAAAUGUCGCUUAGUCAAAAAGGUGCAAGAGGCGGCGCUGCGGCGCUCGAUCAACGACGUGGCGCACGCGGACAAGCGCUCGCUCGCACUGCUGAUGCUGGCGCACUCGGCCGACGUGCUCGAGAACGCGUUCGCGCCGCUUUCCGACGAGGACUACGAGCUGGCCACGAGGCGAGUGCGAGCUUUGUUAGAUCUAGACUUCGAGGCGGAGGCGAUGAGACCGGACGCCUGCGACAUCAUGUGGGCCGUCUUCGCCGCGUUCACCAAAUAGCGCUAACUCAACCUCCCCCUCCCCCCUCGCUCCCCCUGCCCCCCGCCACAAGUAAAGGAACGAUUUAAAUUUAAAAUAUUUCCUUCUAGUGACUAAAUAUAUAUACAAAACUAUUUCGUGUGUGUAAAUUCACUAGAUUCGCAGUUUUGUACGGGAUCGAUCUUGAAUCUGAAAUUUACAGUACGCUGUACCAGUAUUAAAUUCAUUUUGUCCGCACAUCGCCGCCAGACGUGUGUCGUCCUAUACAGGUUUUGUGGUAUAGUAAAGUCUGUGGAUAUAGCGGUUUUUCAGUAAAGUUUUAUUUACGUUUUACACUAUAAAUAACGAUUUUGGCACAAAACAAUAUUCGAGAAUGUGUACCUAUGGUCCCAUUCAAACGUUGCCAAUAUGUUGAAAAAUAUAUAUUAUGAAUUAUGAAUUUAUAUAAUUAGGUAUGGUAAGAUUUUGUUAAUAUAACAUUUUUGUAUAUGUGAAUAGUAUGAUAUCGGUAUCUUUUAACUUGCACGUAUGUACCUUUAAUAUUCGCAUAUUUUUUUAUAUGUUUUUUUUUAUGUCAUUCAUACAUUAUAGUCUAUUUAACUAGUGGUUCACCUGAUGGUAAGCGCUAACCCUGCCCCUGAACAGUUGCAGAAGCCCGCGCCUCUCAGAUGAAUUGCCGUCUUUAAAAGGUAUAAGAUUAAGACAGGGUUGAUGACGGGUAGGAAAGGACUGAGAAGAGUAGAGAAAAGGAUACGGGCCUCCAGCUCCCCCAAUCACCGUACGAAAGCUAAUAGCAUUCGUAUGCUUUCCCGGUGCGAGCUUGUCCAAUUCGUGCCGAAGCGUGCUUGUCUUCUACAAUAAUAUAUAUUAUGUUAUAGAUAAACCAUACUCAAUCAUUACUAAAAUCUGAAACUUCGAGUUAUUGUACCUGUCCGCUUCGCGCGGAAUACCCCUAAAAUAUAUAUUUUUAACUAUUUAUGCUUAUAUUUAUUUAUUUUGUUCCAUUUCAUACUCACGCAAUAUUCAUAACAUUCUACAUAUUGUCAAUCAAGUGAAUUUUAUUUUAUUUUUAAAACAUAUACCUAGAUGGAUUCUACGUAUGAAAACUAUACCAUGUAAGUCAAGCUUAACAACAAGCAUGUUUAUGUCAUGUAUUGUAUUUUUAAAUCACAAAAAUUUUCAUACAUGUGCUUUUUCAUAUUAUGUAUAUAAAAUAUUCCAAAUUUGUGGCAAUUCAACAAUGUCUUUCUUUGUUUAUAAUAGGCGUUACGAAAUUUAUGGCUACUCAUUAGUUACCCUAUUGAAAUUAAUAUGCUAUUAACGUCAUUCGAUUUCAUAAUUAUUCCAUCUAAAUUAUUACAUAACGGUCCAUCUAGGAUUUUUGUUAUCGUUAGUUUGUUUUAUUUUUUUACAUACAUCUUCAUUUAUUAGAUAUAAAUAAGAGAUUAACAAAUACAUUUAAUUUGAACAUUCGCGUUGGCAAUACUGGAGACAUUACUAGUGCAACCGUCGCAAGUGCCAUUUAUUUAUUUAUUGGAAUCAUUUAACUAACAUUGAAUUGUUGUUUGAUCAUUAUCUACAUUAUUUAUCUUACUUGAUCGUUAAUCAGUCAUACCUACACGAAAAGUUUUAUCUAAUGGAAAUGUUUAAAAUUGAUUGCGGUGUAUUUAAUGCUAAUGAUGUCGUCAUCAUAGGCAUCACCAUAAAUUAUAUUUGAACAGGUUGCGCGCUGCCUUUUACCUUCAUAUUAAAAAGAAACACAUAUUUAUAAAAAGGUUUUAUUUUGUGUAGUUAAAAAAAAACGCGAGUUAAGACACGUCACCUGAUACAAAUUGCCGAUUUACAUGUUAGUUAGUAUAUUUCAAAUUAGAAGAAAACCGCAUGCUAGUUACGUACCGACAAUUCGGACAAAUUUUACUUGUAUUUGUUGUAUUUGAAAUAUUUUUAUCGUAUUAAUUUAUAAUGACUUACUCAAUUGUACAUUUAUGAUGCACGUUGCUAUUUUAUUCAAAAACUUAGAGGAUAAAAAUCUGAAUUUUGUAUAUUAUAUACAAAAAUGUGUGACUUGAUUGCUUACCGUUGUUUACUUCAGUUUGUUUACAUAUUGUGAUAAUAUAUGAUUGACUUAAAGUAUAUAUGUGAUAUGAAAUUAUGUAAACACUACAAACACUUUUAUUAUGAUGACGGAGAGAAGUAACCUUGUUAUUGUUUUAUUAACGGGAUGUAGACGCCAAAAGAAUCUAAACGGCAUUAUUUAUUAUUUAGCACGAUGUAAUGUGUAUUAUUUUUAAGAUUCAACACUUAGACGUAUUCAUUUAAAAAAUGCUAUUUGUCAGCGACUAAAUUAUAUAGAAUUUAACAUUCAUUGAUAUGCCUUUGAUUUUUAUAUCUAUAUUUAAAUUAGAGUAAAAAUAAUUUUUCCUUCAAGCGAGUGAUUGUCAGAUGUCACAUUGUGAAUAGAGAUAAAUAACUUUAUUGCGUAUGUUUUUUUGAUUAGAAAGUAAGGAGUGUUAUCAUUACUCGACAAUUGUCUCAUUCUACGACGCGUGCUAAAUUUGAUAGUGAAAUAGAAAUAUCAGAACAAUCGCUCGGUUUGGAAAAGUUGUAGGUUCCUGUAAAUAAGUCUUGCUUUUUAGUCUGCGUACCAAACUCAACAUCGCCAUUUAUGAAAAAUUAAAAUCAUAAUUUUUUCCUCUGAGCAACCUUGGUUAUAGGGACUACAGGAGCUAAGUUGACGCACGCACACAAAUUAAAUGUACAAUCAACGAACCAUAGGUCUCGGCUAGCACUGUCAGUACACAGGGCCGCAUACACACAUGCACAUUUGAAACUACACGCGUACGUUUUAUGCUCAAAAAAGAAUAAGUGUUUUACUAAAAAAUAAUUCACUUUCAAAUAACUGUUCUUGAAGAAUAAUUUGGCAAAAAUCAUAGUGACUGCUGCAUAUAAUGCCGCAGGCUUACAAUGAAAGAAAUGUUUAGAGGUGUCUAUGUAAAUGUUUUCUAUCGUAUGACAUUUGUAGCAUUUAGCUCAUGUAGUCUCUUACGUUGAUACACAAUAUACUUGUGAAGCACCUUGGUAACUCGUUUGGUACUCAGAUAUAGUUUUAUGAUUAGAUUAAUUACGUAUUAUACUUACGAUAAAAUAAUUAAGAUAAAUGUAUAAAG